UCAUAUCUUUUCAGAGAGCACAGGGAAACCUGGAGAGGGGAAUAAUAUUAGGCAUGGAUGAGAAAAGAACAUUGGAGAUCCUGGAGCAACUGACUUCUAUUCUGUCUCACCAAGGGAGGGGCACUCAGUGCUCCUUAUAUUCUAUACUAAAGGAAAUUCACAUUUCCAAAUGGGAUGGAAACAAGCAAGAGGAAUUGAAAGGCCUCUUACUGGAGAUUAUAAAGAGGGAGGUCUGCCCUGUAAGCAGUGGUCUUUUGGCUGGAAUCCUCCUCUUCCAGCUUGCAUCCCCUCCACUUGAAUCCCUCGAGGAGUCACUCCACUCCCAGCCCUGUUUCUCUCAACUUGCCCUCAUUCAUGGAUAUUUGCACAAUAAGAAAUUGGUCCAAACUUCUUUGCCUGUUUUAGCAAGACUUCACUCACCUCUUGUUGACCUCUGCAUGGCUAAUUCACCAUUCAUGCAAGAGAGCUUCCAGGCAUUGUCGCAGUGGCUGACCCUAAUGAAGUCGAUACCAGAGAAGAUGGAAGUGGAUGCAAUCAUGAAAGUGGUCUUGUGUCACUGGGAAGAUGGAAAUGUAACCUCGGCUGUGAUCCGGGCAUGUAUCAAGGAACUGUGUGGAACAUGUCCCCAGGCCCAGAGUGUGCUGCUUGCAAGAGUCUCCCUGCUGCCAUGGCAGUGUCUCAUCAAGUUCCGCAUUCUUGCUGCUGUUGUUCCACUGAUGCCAGUGACACAGAUGAUGGAAUGGUUCCCAGAUCUGGGGAAAGGACUGAUUGAAAGUUGCACAACAAACAGCAGUGUGCCCCAUGGUUCUGAUAUAUACAAGAGCCUGAUCUCAAAAAUGGACUUGAAGCAGUGGAAGACUUUCUUUCUUCCACACAUGCUCCAUGCUCUUCAGUCCCCCAGGGGGAUCGUGAAGCAAAAUAUUCUCAUUCAUUUCCUGCCCAACACCUUGAUUCUUCUACGAGGCUCUGGAGAAGAACUGAUCUCUCAUCUGGAAAAUGACAUGCAAACAAGGAGCUGCAUAUUGCUUCACUGGAAAAGAAAUGGCUAUCAUAUUAAACCUAAAGACCUUGAAUUUCUGAGCAAGGCUGCUGUUCACUUUGAUGAUUUCAUCCGUGCUGAUGCCUUCGGUGCAUUGUGCUGCUGCAAGCAAGAGCUCUUACUACCCACAUUAGGAGAAGUAUCUCUAGUUGAAGACUUUCUGGCUUGGAAUCUCAAUUUUGAUGCUGCCUCUUUUCGUCACAGUAUGCAGAGGUGGCUGAAAAGCUUCUUGCAAAGACUUCGAGACUCGGGGCUGGCAAAUGAAAAUAUUCAUCUCAUCAACCAGUGUUGGGAAAUUCAGGAACGCUAUUGUGUGUCUACACCUUACUGCAUGAGAUCUUCAGUUCUGGCUGCCUUUUGUGCUGUUGUGGAAAUAUUUCCUGAUCGACCACCUGGGGACCUUGCUUUAUGGUGCUUGCUGAAGAUCUGUGAUGAUCCAGUGUCAGAGAUUCGUGAGAAAGCUGCACAAUGUUUGCGUGUACCUCUUGCAAAGCAUCUCAAGCCUGAAAUUUUGGAACACGCACAAAAGAGGAGUGAGGAACUCUUGAAAAGCCUCAAAUUCAAUUUCUAUGAGAGUGGGGCACUCCUGAUGGCAAUAUACAUCUGCAGUUCAUCUCAACAGAACUCUCUAGUGAAGAAGAUGAUGGAAAAGGUGAAAGAAGACUUUGAGAUGAGUCGAGAGGACCCAGUGAAAGCUUUGUGUGAAGCACCCAUUCAUGGUUGGAUUGCAGCUCUGCGGUGCUGUAUUGGACCUGAGGACAUGUGGGACAUCAUUCCAUUAUGUUGCAAUGUGGUAACACAGAUGCUCCAGAUCCUCUCCCCUCAUUCUGUGCUUGAUCAAGGGGUUUCAGCUUCCUUCGCUGACAUGGGAGAGUGGUUGGAGGAUCUUGCUUCUCAGACCCAAUCACACAAUAUGAGGAAAACCAAGCAGUCUCAGUUCUUGUUAGCAUAUGCUUGGCUCAACAUCAAGGAAUGUGUGUCCUUACUGAAAGAUGCCUGUGUGGGACCAGAUAUCAAGGACAGGGAAACUCUCAGGAUGAUUGGGAGGACAUUUCAGAGGUUGGCUGUUCAAUGUCGACACAAAGGAGUGAUUGAGGCUGUGGGAGUUGCAAUGACAGCCUAUUGCAAGGCAUUGCUAGAGAAAGGAUUCUCAAAUGUGCUUGAACAGUUUCUGGAAGAGACUCUUGAAUUUGUCGAGGGACAAGGAAAGGACAAAAGGGUGUCCAUCACAAGAAGAGGAGCAGGUAUUCCUAUUCUCUUCUUGGCAAUAUCAUCUGCAGAGCCCACCAGAUGCUUGCAAAGACCAUUAGGAGAGCAGACAAUGUCAAACUUGUUGAAGAUAGCAAGAAUUGAAGUGCAGUUGACUCCUGCAGACCAACAGCAUGAUCUCCCACAAGUGUGUGCCUUACACUGCUUGGAAAAAAUUGUUCCCACUUUGGGAGUUGUAUUCCUUGAGGAUCUCUUUACCCUCUGCAUUGACUGCUUCUCAUCCCCUUUAUGGGCCAUCAGGAAUGCAUCCUUGCAGCUAUUUGGCACCAUUGUUUCUCGGCUGGUGGGACGCAGGAAGACAGAAGCAGACUGGUCCAUGUUCAACCUAACUCCUGCAGCUGAGUUUUUCACUGCUCAUCCCCGUUUACUCUCCACUGUUGCACACGUCUUGCAGACACAUCAGGACAUACGACUCGUAUUUGCCCAUCAUGUUUCCCUCAUCCCUACCCUGGGAUUCCUUUCUCGCUUCUCCACUCAAGUGUCUGUUUUGUCGCAUCUGGAGCAGGAAUUCCAAGAUUUGACAGAGAAAUAUCUUCGACCAUUGAUGUUGAGCCCGAUCGCCAUCGUCAGAAACCUCUCUGCCCAAUGCAUUGCACAACUAGAACUACCUGAUAAAAGAGCAUUGACAAGACCCACAUGCUGGAAUGCCAUUCACUCUAAUUUGGUGUAUAUGUCUCAUCUCUUGCUCCUGGGAAGUGACUUCGACUUUUAUUCAGCCAUAAUGUCCCUCUUUGAAAUUGCUCAUGAUGAGAUUCCAUCAAUAUGUGCACAGUUGAUUGUGAAAUUGUGGGAAGGACUAGUGAUGCAAGAGAAAAUAGAGUUAAAGGCUACUGAUGAAGUUUUGAGGAAGAUGGAAAAAAAGUUGAAAAUGGAUCAUUACAUUGGACCAUUUCUUAGGAUGUCUUUGACCCAAAGUGAGGAAAAACUUAUUGCCACAGUAAAGGAUAUGUGCCAAAAAGGACAUGGGCAGUCAGUGGCCUCCUUUUUGGCAUCAAUCUUGCCAAUUCUUGGCCAAUCAACAAGGGAAGUAGCUGCUGCUUGCUUUGCUCACCAUGGCAUUUUAUGCCCCUUCCUAAUUUACAUGCAGGAAGAGGCUCCUGAAGACUUGAUAAACUCUGCAUUGGUGGCUGUUGGAGGUGAUCCAUCUCUCCUGCCUGUGAUUGCUCACUUUGGUUCCAAAGGUCAUGUCAAGUGCAUUAGAAGGGUGGAUGUUUUAGCAGUUGAAUGGAGCAGACCCUAUCAAACUCCUGAUCGACGAUUUGCUGUGAUGAAGAGUAUGGAAAUCCUUCACAGGAAAUUGAGUUUGCAGUGCUUUGGACCAGUUGUUAUGAAUUUCCUUCAAGAUGAUGAUGUUUCACUGAGAGAACAAAUGUCAGUCUUGGUGACCAAAAUGAUUGACCAAGAUUUCCCCUUGCAGCCAUGGAAGGCACUUCAAGCUUUCCUUUGCCACCUCAAGACCACCAAGAAACCUGUUCCCAUCCUCAGCUUCCUGUGGCAGUACCUGGAAUGCAAUGAAGUUGAAGAAGUCAACAUCACCGCCAGCAGUGAGGUUCUCUUUGAGGCAGAAGAGGCAAGAGUGUUUGCAAAUGAAGUCCUCGUUGUGAAGAUGGUGGGUGAAGUUUUUGCAGAGGUUUUGGCCAUGAUUCAUGAUCUGAAUCAGUGGCAGGAGUGGAUUUUGAAAAUCAUCACAGCUGCUGAAAAGCAUGAUGAAGUAUUCCAGCUUCUUGAAGAUACCAUUCUCCUACUCACCAUCACCAUGCUGAUGUACUCAUCCUAUGUGUUCCUCCCUCACUACACCAUGUCCCUAUUGGAAUACCUUGCCUUAUGGCCCUUUUCAUCCUCAGAAGGAGCAACUGAUCAAAAUGAAUCUCUGAACCGCAAUAUAAUACCUGAAUUGAGGCGUAUCAGGUAUUCUAAGUCCUCACUCAAGAGAGCAUCUUUUGAGUUGUAUGAAGGUGCUGUGGACAAUUUAGAAUACAUGAGGUUCUUCAAGCAAUUGAAAAUGCCAGACACACUCUAUUCCUGGUAUUUAGUAACUGAGCUUCACGUAUGGAUGAUGAUGGUGCGAGUGAUGCGAGAGGAGAAGCACGGCCGAUAUUUGCGAAACUGCAUGUCUGAAAUCCUUUGGCAAGACAUCGAGGCCCGCAUCAAGGCUCUUGGAGACACCUCAUCCAGAGUUAUUCGAACCAACUUGUCUGAAAUCCAUGAGCAGUUCCAAGCAGCUCUCUUCAACUAUGAUGAAGGUGUCCUUAGUUCUGAUUGUGUUCUUGCUGGUGCUCUGUGGCGGCGGAUCCUCAGCCGUCAGGUGGAUGCCAAGAACAUGGAGGCUAUGGUUCAUUAUGUGAGGGGGACUCUUCACAUGAUGGAUGCAGUGCCUUCUGAGCAGCUGAUCAUGAAGCCUUCUGAUUGCUUUUCUUGGUUGAGGCUCAAUGGUGUAUAA